GUAGCAGAGAUGCAAGAACUGGUUCAAAACUCUGAGCAGUACCUGACGAGACAGCAUCAGCGCGAGUCCAGUGACUCAGAAGGCUCGCACAUAUCGUCACAGGACUCGGACGCGCCAGGCCAGCUCAAGCAUAGUGAUUCUUUACUACUUUUGAAUCAAGUUGGCCAGAAUCCAGUACCUGAGAAUUUGACUGAAGCCGUACAGGGUCUAGACUUAUCGGUUGAGACUGAAAGUGAUACAGACUCGGUUAGCACUCCAUCUAACAGUCCGUCGCACAAAAAUCAUCAUGGUAAAAACCGGGACUCAGACUCCAGUUUCGGCUUGCACAGUCCUGACAAUUUGGUACCAGGGGCUGGGCAGGAAGCUUUACAGGAACUGUGGAAAAGAUUGCAAGAAGAAACGGCCAGCCUUGGAUUGGAAGUUGGAGGGGGUAGCCUCUACCUGGAUCCUGAUAUCAUUGAUUUAACGCUGUUACCACCUCCCAUUACUCCCGAAAAGGAAGUGUUCAAUCUGCCUGCUGAAUUAAGACUGCCUCCUGUUCCAUUUGCUGACUGCACUGAUGGUGCAUCGAAAAAUUCCGCGCCUGUUUUAGAAGACAGCCUGCCGGAGAAAGACGUGCUGAGUUUGGACCUGGACUCAUUUUUGGCGACAAUGACUGUUCCGCCGCCGCUGAGGACUGGAUCCACGCUCGAACUCACCUCUGAGCAGAUCAACUCUUUCAUCAUUCCACCCCCUCCACCUCCUUCUGACAUACCAGAAACCGUGUCAUCACCCGUAAAACUGAACGGCCACGCAGUGGGCGCCGGUAACGUCGGCGAACUGUCGGCAGACAGCGACCAGUGUACGGCGCAAAACAGACCGACGACGGAGAGACGUGGCAGCACGGCUAGCAGCAAAAGCAAGACUAGUUUCUCGUGCUGUAGCAAACCGCGCCAAGCGAGUCCUGAGGGGUCGCCACCACCUGUGCUGGGGUUACCGCCUAGGGGUGACUCGCCCAGUGCGCCAUCGCGGCCUCCUAAGCCGUCAAUCACACCUCCGCAGCUACCGCCCCGGUCUGACUCCAUCAGUAGUGGAACGUUGAGUCGGAAACCGCCUCUACCGCCUGUCACAUCUCAGGAGAUUUCGCUGAAGACCGGUUUCUUGUCACUGAGCCGGGAGGGAGUGAGUGCAUGUGGCGCCCUCUGUGAGCGGCUGGCGCAAGUUGCCACCCAAUGCAGUGAUGACCAGGCGCAUGGUGGAGGCGCCAGCAUGGAUGAGGCCAGGUUCCAGGAAGCCAAAGAAGCCCUUACACUGGAAGCGAGGAAACUGGUGACGUCAUCCAAACUUCUGGUGCGCAGUAGCAGCGCGGUUUCGUCCAACCUGAACCCAUCAGCGGCCGAGUUCGAAACCCACCUAAACAGCUGUCUGUCACUCUUGCGACACAUCACCGACCUCACUUCCAAGAUGGCCGCGUUCACGGCGUCCCCCCUCCACACGCAGAACCUGGUGCUCAAGGUCAAGGACGUGGUCGCUGUUUUCAAACAGCUGUUGGCCACUGAAGGCCAGGAGGCUUUGCUCACCAAACAGGCCGAGAACUUGGCGAGUGUAUUGGCAACACUACUCCGAAGUUUGAGAGUUUUCACACCCUAGUUCGAUAGGUUGCACGGGCGUGUGUAGAAUACGUUCGUGUGCUGUGAAACAGUCUGAAAAACAACCAAAAAAUGAUGAAAUUACUGAGAAACUACUUAAAAUACGGAUGACUGGGGUCUGGAUAGGUUGAUUAAAAGCUGUGAUGGAACAGGAACAGGAGUAUGAAAAUGGUUGCACCGGUAAGUUCUUCUAACUUGAAUGUGCUGUGUAACAUACUAGAAAACUACUAAAAAUGAUGAAAUUACUGAAAAACUAUUCGAAAACGGAUGAUUAGGGUCUGGAUAGGUUGCUUAAAACUAUAGUAAAACAGAAAAUGUUCGACAGGUUGCAUCGGUAAGUGCUUUUAACCUGAAUGUGCUGUGAAACAUACUGAAAAACUACUAAAAUAGGUUGAACUACUGGAAAACUACUCAAUUUUUUUAUAAAAUUACACACUUUUUGAAUUGUCACUUCAUUAUAACUAUGCAGACUGCAUAAUUAUGUCGUCGAUAAUGAAUUGAAAAAUCAAAAUUGAAAUUUAUUCAUCGGAGUUCGUGAUUGAUGAAAAUUAUUUUCGACACAAUUAUCAAAAACUACUUAAAAUACUGAUAAAUGAGUUCUAAAUAAGCUGCUUAGAAGAGUAUUGUAUUGGACCAGUAGUUUAAGAGUCUCUUUAUUUGAUGGGUUGCAGAGUUGUUUUUUAGCUGGAGCCAGAAUUCUACUAAAAAUAGUAAUAAAAUUACUGUGAAUCUACUCAAAUCACUGAAAAAUAUGGUUUGAAUAGGUGACUUACAAGGUUAUAAGAACAUAUUGUAUUUUAGAGUAGUUAAAGCGGAUAUGAAGCCUUUUUCGUGCUGAGUAAUGACAUAAGGUGUUACUGUAAUACUCAAAAAGUACUGGAAAAUAAGGUCUGAAUAGUAGGUUGCUGAUAAGGGUAGAAGAACAACAUUUUGAACUUCUAUUAUUUUGAGGCUGUACCCACAGAUUCUUAGUGAGGAUUCUUUACUACCAACACUUCUCUCUUACUAUUUAUCUAGCUUGAAUCUCAAUAUUUUUUAUAAUUCGCCUAUGUAUUAAUUAUGCAACAUUCCGUUUUACAAGAACACUCUAUCAUAUUAACACAUAUUAUUCACUACCGUACCGUUAAUCAUUUUUAUUUGGAAAAUAGUUUUAGAGAUAAAAUGAGUGUUCAUUGAAUCCACCCCUCUUCAACCUCACCAAAGAUGUAAAUAAUUUGAAAUAGUUUCUAUUGAUUGUUUCUCAUAAAGUACAGUAAACAUAAAAUAUGAGUUUACUUGACUUCAAUGGAAAAAUUAACAUGAUUUCGUUUCUGAUAGCAUUGUAAAAAAGAUACACAUGGACAUAGAAAAGAUUCACGAAAUAUUUGACAGUGGUAGUAGUCAUUCAAUAUAGUUGGUUUACAAUCACACUAUUCUUGACAAAUCUUAGAGCUGUAUCUUAUUUUUAAACCAUACAUUUACACUAUUACUUAUUCUUGACAAAAUCUCUCUCUUCUCUCUCUGACAUUUUCAUCAUUUUUACUUGUUUUGUAAUUGGUCAUAAGAAUAAUUAUUUCGGAAAAUCGAAUUAAUUUCUCUAAGGCUACAACUAUACUCUGAUUAUAAUGACUCAUACUCUUAGAAUAAUAUUUUAUUUUGAUUGGCCACAAAGAUGCGAAUACGAAUUGGAUUUAUCACUGAAUGAUUUUUAUGUUGAACAGUUACCUAAUAUGCUCUGAGGUUCUAUGAUUCGUUUUUAGUUCAUAAUUGACAGGGUAAUCAAAAUUAGGUUUUAAUUCCAAUAAAAUUAUAAUCCAAUGAAUUAUAAUUAUAAUCAACCCAAAAAUAUCAAAUAGCGUAGAUAUUUGUUUAACAAGUUCUUCACUCUAUAUUUUGAAGUGUAUAUUUUAUUAUCGACGUACGAUUUUGUUAUGUACAUUCAGAAUAUUGUAUAUACAAAGAUUGUAUACGUAGUUACAGUUAUGUAGCUUAUGUAAAUAGAAUGUAAAUUUGUAAAUGUAUAACUGUCGAGCACAAUGUACUUGAAAAUUUUAAUACUCAAUGUGAAUAAUUUACUGAUUUUAGGCUGGUUUUCAACCAAUUUGUAUAUUUUCCGCUCAAAUUAAUUCCUGGGUCUGAAAAUUAUCUAUCGGCGUCCACAACUUUACUGAAUACUGGUUCUUGGAAAUUGAUUACAUUUACAUUUCUUUCAAAGUUGUGUUAAAGUUUCUUUGCUAUAGAAUACAGUAGUAGAAUAUUAAAUUUGUCAACUAUCUAACUUGGUUGAAAAUGAUGUCACCAUAAGUAGGUAGUAAAUAAUUUUCUCCAUUGUUAAUCAUCACAAUUAUUAUCCAUCUUUUAUUAUAUCACACAUCACAUCAGAACUAAUAAAUGUAAAUUAUGUAAAACAAGAUACAAGAAUAAUUAUUGAAUAAUCAUAUAAUUAUCAUUUCAUGUUAAUAGCUGGCACUCAUUUGUACCUGCAUGCCUUAUUGGCAUCUUAUGUUUUGUUUUAAUGUUUAUAGUUUAUGUAUUUGGACCUUUCAACCAUGUAUUAAAAUAAUCAUAAUCUAUAGUCGAAGGAUCUAUCACCUUAUUAAUAGCAAGGUGUUGUUGAAAAUUGUGCUCAUAAAAAAAUCGUAAUCUAGUCAUUAGAGAAACAAUUGAAAAACAAUCUAUGAUGGUGCAGCAAGCACUUUAUUAUUGAAAAAUCUAGAAGAUUUUAGUUCACUGGAAUUUACAUUGGGUUCACAAUCAACACAAUAAAAAUCGAUUUAUGUUUGUGGAUUUGCAUAGUUAUGUAGAGUGUAAACGUUAUGUUAUGAGUUUGUUGCUAGUAAAUAAUUCUACCAUUCUCUAGAGGUAUUAUUCCAAAAUAUUCCAAGUGAUUCGAAUUGAUAUAGUUGUAUGCAAUGAAUUAUUAUCGUAUGGAAGGUUUGAGAAGAAUAGUUUUAUAAAUAAAAUUAAUAUAUUGUAAUGUACCCCGAGUAUACAAACGAAUUUUUUGGAUUGUUUCAGUGACGAAAUUUUCUACUUCGUAUCUUUACGAUAAUAUUUCAUAAUUUCAAAAACAGAUAUUAUUAUCAUGUACUCUAUUAAUAUUGAUGACGAUAAUAUAAUAUUAUUGUAGAUAGUAAUGAUAAUAUUGUAACGUAUCAAAAAUGGAAAUUGUAACAUCAUUAAUAACUCGUAUGCGAGUAUAAAAUCAGAAUUUUACAAGUGAAAUAAAUUUUUCGAUGAAUA